UGAUGAAAAAAAAAAAAAAGAAAAAAAGAGGGCAGUUUUUUGUAGACAUCCUCUUCCAUUCCUUGAAGAAAGAAAGGUCUAUAAUGAAUUAAGUGAAGAUUUUGUAGGAAGAGAAAAGGUGAUCUCAUGAUUGAGGCAGUUCAAUGCUACUCUGACAGAGUGAGUUUGAUGUUUGCAUUUAUUUUGAGGUCAUGUUUUUUACAGGUUCUCCUCGCACAGAUUGUGCAUCUCAAAUUCUCAGUGAAAAUUUGUAGUCAGAGGAGCAGAUGUUCAGAGUGCUCAUAGCUGCAAUUGAAGUCUCUGCUUUGAACAGAUAAUUCUGGAAAGCUAAGCUGUAUAGCAUUUCUAGAUAUUUCAAAUGGGAUGCAUGUAAUUAGCUGGCCUCUUUAGCCUUAACCUCUUUACCUCAGUUAUUCAUUUUAUUGGUAAGGGAAGUGGGCAACUGUACAGGUGUGCUGUGAAAAAGCAUUCUAAUAUUGCAGUGAUAAACACCUUGAAAAGUUUAUUACCAAAUCAGUUUUGGGAUAGUGUAUGUAUGAAUCGGUACUGAACAAAGAGGAUAAAAUAAAACAUUGAAUCACUGCUCAGUCACUUGGUAUGAAAACUACUUUGUAUGGCAAAUCUCAUGUGGUUAGGUAGUUAAGGAAUAUAUGUUAAAAUUCAGAAGCGGUCUGACAAAGCUGCAUGUACAGCCUUAGUUGUUUCAGUUCAUAACUCUACUUUGCGCCUCUAAAAUCCUUUUCAGGAGAUUUUUGUGGAACAGCAAGUUAACAAUGUUUUUUUUUAGUAAAAUGUUCAGCAAUUUCUUAUCUCUUGUAUUUCAGUAGCUUUCUACUCCUUGCUGCAAUUUGAUACAAGAUUUAGACCUAGGAUUACAUAUGCCUUUGACUUUGCUCUAAACUGUUAAUUACAAAGCUUUUUUUGUCUGAAAUGUGUUAUGCCCCUAGCAGGCAUUUUUGCAGCAGAAAAAUAUGGAUAUUCUGUAUGUAUGGAACCUUCUCAGAGGAAUGCCAUAUUUUGUCUACACUGAGCACUUCCUUCCUCAUAGCAAAGGUGCCCCUUCGAUGAUAAUACUGAGCCAAUUUGUUUAGAGAAGGGGAGGAGGAAUGUUUGCUGUUCCAGUUCUCUUCUUCCUGAAUGGUUUUUAUUUGAGCUUUUCUCUUUUUUCAGUUCUCAUUAUUGUCUGAAGGUAAACAUGAAAAGAUUUUCAUCUCCUUCUCAAAUAUUAUCCUCCUUCUAGUCUAUGUUUUAAGGUCUCUAAAUCAUUUUAUGUCUGCUUCUAAGAGGGGGGAAAACAAGAUACUGAAGUGCUUUCACUCAUGCUAAGAAAGCCGUGCAAGUUUAGCAAGGGGGAAACCAUGACUGCAAAGGAGUUAGAGAGAUGUAGAAGGGAAUAGAGUAAAAGAAUAAAGAAAAAAUAAUAGUAUUUUGUGUUGAGAGCAUUGAAUGUACUUGAAGACUCAUUAGAGGAGUUUGUGCUUGCUCAAACUUGUGUUCCAGUGCUUGGCUCAGUAUUUGUUCCCCUAUUGGGUUAGAAGUAUGGUGAAGAGGCAAAAGGAAGAGUGGCUACUAUAGUUUUUCUAGAGAUAAGUUACAAAUAGCUGGGAUUUCUUUAGCGUUUAGAUGCCUUGAGGAUUGUAGAACUUCUUGGUUGUAGGCAUCAUUGAAGUACGUACAUUUAGAAAAUAGUCCCAAAUAGUCUACAGCAAGUCUAUGUUUGUAUCUGAAAGUGUUACCAGUGUAGAGAUUGUCUUUAUAGUAGAGGGAAUUGCUGUGCAAUCAUAUCUGUUUUCUUCUACCCACGCUUCCCUGUUUACCCAUUGAGUAGGUGUCAGAGUAAAGUAAGUAUGCAUAGUGACACCAAAAAAAAAUUGCCGUUUGUGACAAUAUAACUGAGGAAUGUAGUUCUCCUCAACUGUCUAGUGCCUGAAAUUAUGAAUUGACCUCCUUGCUCACUUUUCUAUGCUCUGCUGCUGCUGAUGUCUGCCCAGUUGCUCAGAUAGCUAUGGUGAACACAAAGGUCGUAUUUGUGAGUAUGCUUUUUGAAGCAGUGAAGUAGCACCUUCUUUGCUGGUUCCACCCAUCACUGUCCAUCAUGCAUGUUCCUGCCUGGAACAAUGAGAUUGUUGCUUUAUUUGCCUUUUUGAAUAUGGAACACUUGUUGUUCCAUUUGGGAUGUGCAUGCCACACUGGAAGGAAAUUCAAAUGCCUAUUUAAACAUAUGGUUGAACUGGUCUGAUAUUGAAUAUAUCAGUAUAAAAUGUUAGUAAGUUAUGGUGACAAAAUAAUAAUGCUUCCAGCUUCCCCCUUCUUGAACCUCUGAGGAACAGUCAGCCUACGUUUGGUCUAACACUAACACAUCUAAACACUUGGGAGAGUCAUCAACAUAGUGCUGAUAAUCUUGGUGAGCUUGAGAAGCAGAAGGAUGUCACUGGCCUGUCUACUCAGAUGGCUGCUUGAUAUUCAUUCCAUUGUCUUGGAGGCCACCAGUCAGGACCUGUUCCAGGAGCAGACACUAGGACAUAUCUGCCUCAGUGAAGAGGAUGAUGGAGACAACAGACUUAGAUGAGGAGUCCUCAGCUGGUAUUGAGAACCUGCCAUUUGAAUUGCAGAGAAACUUUCAGCUCAUGCGAGAUCUGGAUCAGAGAACAGAAGACCUCAAGUCAGAGAUCGAUAAACUGGCCACAGAAUAUAUCAGCAAUGCACGGACUUUGUCUUCGGAGGAAAAACUGGGGCUUCUCAAGCAGAUCCAAGAGGCCUAUGGGAAAUGCAAGGAGUUCGGGGAUGACAAGGUUCAGCUGGCUAUGCAGACCUAUGAGAUGGUGGAUAAGCAUAUCCGGCGACUGGACACAGACCUUGCCCGCUUUGAAGCUGACCUGAAGGAGAAACAGAUAGAAUCAAGUGACUAUGACAGUUCUUCCAGCAAGGGCAAGAAGAAGGGCCGAGCCCAAAAAGAGAAGAAAGCUGCCCGUGCUCGCUCUAAAGGGAAGAACUCUGAUGAGGAGGCACCAAAGACUGCCCAGAAGAAAUUGAAACUUGUCCGCACUAGCACAGAGUAUGGGAUGCCUUCCGUGACCUUUGGAAAUGUACACCCUUCGGAUGUGCUGGAUAUGCCUGUGGACCCUAACGAGCCUACUUACUGCCUCUGCCACCAGGUCUCCUAUGGCGAGAUGAUUGGCUGCGACAACCCAGAUUGUUCCAUCGAAUGGUUUCAUUUUGCCUGUGUUGGUCUGACAACAAAACCAAGAGGAAAAUGGUUCUGCCCUCGCUGUUCCCAGGAGAGGAAGAAGAAGUAAAAUCCUACAAGACCUCAGUACUGCUGCAGGAGCUCUCUUCUCCCCUGCCAGGGCCUAGUCACAGCUCCCCCAGCCUUUGGGGCCUUGACUGGGGGGAGUCUUGCCCUGUUUGUGGUUUGGGUCAUCCCUGGAAUGGUGGGUACCCUCAUGACAGUACCUGUGUGUUCUACAUUCCUAGCUGCUUCCAAAUCCCUGAGGGAGGACCUCUUUGUGUACUGUUCCAAACAGGUCUCUGAACCUCAGAGGAAAUGAAUGAGGGCACCAGGGUAGCCACCAGAUUCCCAGGGAUUCAGGUAGCCCCUAAUUUUCCUUGGCUUUCCUUCAGCCCCCUCAGAGUCCAUAGCCUACUCUGUGCUUGAGAACAAGGCUUUUGGAUGGGGAAAGGAAAGGAGGUAAGUCUUCAGCAUUUUAGGUCUCUGAUUUUCCUGGAUCUUUCUCAGGAAAGAGGGAGUAACCAGGCCAGUUCUUGAGCUAGUGGGUUGGUUGAGAGACUGAAAACCUAAUGUACUCCCUGUCUUUAACCAUUCCACUACUCUGUCUGGCAUUGAGCAGCCUCUUUUGUUGGGAAGACGAGGAGGGAAGAGUGUUUAGAGCCAGCUUUGUCUCUUAUUCCUUUCCUGGGGUAAACCUGCUAGCCUGGGACACACAUUGUGCAAAGGAGGAAGAAUUUCUGACUGCGUGGGGGGAAAUGAAUUAUCUAGGCUGUCUUCUGACCCCAGAAUUCUCCCUUCCUUUUAUGCAGUUGGGCUUCUGUGUUCUGUUGAUAGUGGGAAGUUUGGGGAUCCAGAUCCCACUUGUAAAAUACAGAACUAAAUAAAGCUCAUGGAAGCAAAGGGUGACAA